UUUUGCAUAUAAAGAAAUAGCGACACACAGAAGAGUAGGAAUUGAAAGAAUAUCAGAAAUAAAAUACAGUCCAUCAAAAGUGCACGAGAAAAACAACACCUUGCCACCACCAAAUAAUUGUUUCACAAAUCCGUAACUCCAUCUAAAGACGGUAAAUGAUAAAAUGAAUUCUAUAAACGGAGAUGCAAGAAACAAUCCUUAUAAAAAAAUAACGGUUGAAUGUCCUUUGCCAGAAAGAGUUUUGCCAUCCCAGAAUAUUCGCAGAAAAUCAAAGUCGGAACACUUAUUGUACGCAUUGGUUUUUAUUUUAACGGCAAUCACAGUGGUUUUUAUAUUCCAACAACAUCUGAGGGAAAUUCUUCGUUUGGAAGCUCUGGAUAGCUAUACUGACGCCGAUGAUCGUUGCCAUCUCCAACUUGUAGAAAGUAUUCCGGAACAUUUAACGUUUUCACCUAAUAGCCCCAAAUUUUUGUCGACUUAUGACUCAUGGAAAAUUCUUUUGAAUUCAACCGACUCGGCCCUGAAUAUUGGUUCCUUUUACUGGACUCUGCUGGGUUCGGAUGUUAUAAAUGAUCCUUCCGCUGCGCAAGGAGAGGAUAUAUUUCAUAGUCUAAUGGAUUUGGGAAAGGUGGGUAAAAUUAAAAUUCGUAUUGCACAAAGCGCUCCGUCUGAUAUGGAACCGGACAACGAUACUAAGAUUCUACAGGAAAGUGGGGCUGCCGAGGUUCGCUCCCUAAAUUUUACCCGUUUGCUGGGCGGCGGAGUAUUGCAUACUAAAUUUUGGAUUUCUGAUCACAGGCAUUUUUAUUUGGGAAGUGCUAAUAUGGACUGGAGAUCUCUAACGCAGGUGAAAGAACUGGGUGUGUUGGCAUUGGAUUGCCCAACGUUGGCUAAAGAUUUGGAAAAAAUAUUUGAAGAAUAUUGGCUGAUCAGUACCAAUACAUCUACCAUACCAAAACAAUGGCCUUCGGAAUACUCAACGAAAUUUAAUUUUGAACACCCAAUGCACUUGUUAAUCAACAACAAAUACAAACAACUAGCUUUACUCUCAAGUUCUCCGCCACCACUUACAGCCAGGGGUCGGGUGGACGAUGUUUCGUCAAUAUUGCAAGUCAUAUCUUCCGCCAAGGAAUUUGUAAAUAUUGCUGUGAUGGAUUAUAUUCCCAUGAUGAUUUACUCGAAAGAUAAAACCUAUUGGCCCGUUAUUGAUGAUGCACUUCGCUCGGCAGCCAUAGACCGCAAAAUUAAAAUCAAACUUCUUAUCUCUUGGUGGAAGCACUCGAACCCAUCUGAAGACAAUUUUUUGAGAUCUUUGCAAUCUCUAUCUCAAGCCAUGCCGCAUGUUGACAUUCAAAUUAAGCGUUUUAUCGUACCGUCGGAUGAGAAUGAAGCCAAAAUACCAUUUGGACGGGUAAAUCACAACAAAUAUAUGGUUACUGAUAAUGUUGCAUACAUUGGAACGUCCAAUUGGUCGGGAGAUUAUUUUACCAAUACGGCAGGAGUCGGACUGGUACUACAGGAUGAUCCAUCUGAGGCAAAUAACACACAAACAAUUCGAAGCGAUCUUUUGAGUGUCUUUGAAAGAGACUGGAACAGCGAAUAUGCCGUAAUUUUUAAAACCGAAAACUCAUAAAACAAGAAUAAUUUUGUUGUAUUAACUUUAUUAUUGGUACAUUACGGAAUCAGUGUAACCCCUUUUUGUACAAUAAAAAUUAAAUUUUUGGAUAUUAAAUCAAUAUACAUAACUGCGUAACCUAAAAUUCGACGUAGCGUAUACAAUUUUUCAACUUCUCCACUAUGGUAAAAUAUUUUGUACGUCCGUAUUACCCAAACACGCCAUGUCCAAAUUUUAUAAUCUACCAAAUAAAAGAGUUGCAAAAAUUGA